AUGCUUCGUGCCCGAUUGUUGAGGAGCCCCCGGCUCCGCCUGCUAGCGACCCUGGCGGCCCCUGACACCUACGCCAUCGGCCAGGCCGUCAACGGGUUCACGGUCAGCCAGGUGCGCCACAUCCCCGAGUACUCGGUGACCGCGGUGCAACUCCAUCACGACGCUAGCGGCGCCGAACACUUGCACUUGGCGCUGGCACUGGACACCAACAACGUGUUUCUGAUUGGGUUCAAGACUAACCCGCCCGACUGCACGGGGGUGCCCCAUAUCUUGGAACACACGACGUUAUGUGGGCUGAAAACCUACCCCGUCCGCGACCCGUUCUUCAAGAUGACCAACCGGUCGUUGGCCAAUUUCAUGAACGCCAUGACUGGCCACGACUACACCUUCUACCCGUUUGCUACCACCAACCCUAAGGACUUCGCCAACCUCAUGGACGUGUACCUUUCGCUGGUGUUUGAGCCAUUAUUGGCAGAACAGGACUUCCUCCAAGAAGGGUGGCGGCUUGAGUACGAGGAUAUCCACAAUCGCGACCUGGACUUGGUAUACAAGGGGGUGGUGUACAACGAGAUGAAGGGGCAGAACCUGAACUCGCUGUACUACUUCUACGUCAAGUACUUGGAAGCGAUCUACCCGGCUCUCCACAACUCCGGUGGUGACCCUCAAGUGAUGACUAACCUCAAAUACGAAGACUUGGUCGACUUCCACCACCGCAACUACCACCCUUCUAACGCAAAGACCUUCACUUACGGUAACAUGCCGUUGCUGGCUCACCUUGGCCGCUUAGACGCCUACCUUGCCAAAUUCAACCUGAGUCAACGGGCGGCCGACGCUACCCCGAAACCUUACGUCGAGAACUUUGACCAAACCGUCACCGUCCCUGGUCCUAUCGAUACUAUGUGUGGUAAACCUAACGAUCAGCAAUACAAGGCGCUGGUUACUUAUAAGUUAUUGCCUGAUGCGCUUGACGAAAGCCAACGUCAUACCAUUUUCAAGUGGAAGGUGCUCGGGCUGUUACUUUGCGACGGCCACAACGCUCCCUUCUACCAAGAAUUUAUUGAGAAGGGCUAUGGUAGCGAUUACAGUGCUAAUACUGGCGUCGACAUCACCACCAAGUUGUUCUCGUUCACCAUGGGGCUCAACAACUUGAGUAAAGCCGAAGUUGACGAACUUCCCAACAAAAUUACUCAGGUGGUUACCAAUGUCGUUCUUCCGGCAUUCAAGAAUAACGACCAAGGCUACUGCGACCGAAUUGAGGGUAUUCUUCUGCAAAUCGAGCUUAAUUUCAAAAAGCAUAAGCCUGAGUUUGGCUUGGGUCUCUUAUCGGCACUUAUUCCCAACUGGCUCAAUGGUGUCGACCCUAUCGAUGCUCUCAGUGUUGAGGAAACAUUAUCGCAUUUCAAACUGGAGUGGAAGGCCAAGGGGCUUGCGUUAUUCACCGAACUUCUUGAAGAAAACGUGUUGGCUUCCGAUCUCCCCAAGUUCACUUUCAUCAUGACUCCUGAAGAACUGUUUGGCACCACCUUGCAAGAACAGGAGCAACAAUCGCUUAAGAGCCGUGUCGAGCAGCUCACUGAUAAACAAACCGACGAAAUUUAUGAGCGUGGGCUUGAGCUUGCGGAAGUACAAAGCCAAGCACAAAACACCGACGUGCUCCCCACGUUGACGUUGGCUGACAUUCCUGAACGCGGUGAGUUCUACCCUGUUUCUGAAACUGCCGUCGACGAAACUACCGUGUGUACUCGUGAGGUGGACACUAAUGGAUUGGCGUAUGUGGGGGCAGUUAAGGACAUCCUGUUCCUUCCAUCCAAGUACUUCAAGUGGUUGCCUUUGUACUCGCAAUGUUUGCUUAACCUUGCCGGUACUACUCUGACCCCCAUCACUGAGUUGGAAACCAAGAUCCAGCAACUUACUGGUGGCGUGCUGUUCGGGGCUCGCAUUCACAACAACCCCAACGACAUCAUGGCGCUGGGCCUUCAAUGGUCGGUGACGGGGAUGGCCCUCAACGAGAAGGCCCCUCAUGUGUUUGACUUCUGGCAUGACAUUCUCACCAACACCAAGUUCAACCCUAAAGAUGAAGAUGUGUUGGCUAAGUUGGAUACUCUCAUCCGCAACAUGGCGCAAAAUCAGAUGAACACCAUCGCUGAUCGCGGCCACUCUUUCGCUCUGGGUUACUCUCUGAGUCAAUUGACUCCUCAGAAGUACCUUGCUAACGUGACCACUGGUCUCGAACAGGUUGAAUUCAUCAUGGAGCUUAACCGUCAACUUGAUGAGCGUGGUCGCGAGUACUUGCUGCUGGAAGUGUUGCCUACGUUACAGGAACUUUCCGAAAUCAUCAACAACACCAACCCCUUCCGCUACCGAGUGGUGGGUGAUGCUCUGAUCCUCAAAUCCACUGAACCGUUAAUCGCCAAAUUCGACCUGCAAAUGGCCGCCUCCUACACCAAUGCUGCCAAUGCUGUCGGUGAAAGCUUCCACGCUGGGGCCACUAAUACCCUCAUCAAUAUGCCUUACCAAGUCGGCUACGCCCUGUUGGCGACGGUGGGUAAGGAGUACACCUCAGCUGAUGGUGCUGCCCUCCAAGUGUUGUCUCAAUUGUUGACGUUCAAGCAUCUUCAUAACGUUAUUCGUGAAUCCAACGGUGCUUACGGUGGUGGUAUGACUUACGACGGUCUCGGGGGUAUCAUCAACUUCUACUCGUACCGGGACCCCAACGCCAUGAAGCUGGUGGAAGCGUUCGAGGACUCAUUCGGCUACAUUCUCGACCACCCCGUACUGGCGGCCGAUCUUCAAGAAGCCAAGCUCCGCAUCUUCCAGCUGGUGGACGCUCCGAUGAACAUUGCUUCGCAAGGGCUGCUGGAGUUCUACGAUGGCAUCACCGAUGACAUGCGCCAACAACGCCGUCACAACUUCUUGGCUGUCAAUGGUGACGAUCUCGCUCGUGUGACGGAGAAAUACUUGGUGAAGAGCAAGGCUCCCAUUGCCCGUACCAUCAUUGGUGACAAGGAACUUGUGCCUGUACCUGACCUGUGGAAGGUGGAGCAAUUGGGUUCCGCUUAA